UCACACACACAUUACACAUACUCACGGUGACGGUGCACAUCACCUACCAGGCAAAACCAGGCUCUGCUCUCGAGAAAAAGUAAAAUUCCAAUCUUUCUCCGGUGGAUUUUGCGCAGAAGCCUCUGAUUUGUAGCCUUCGAUUCAAUUCUGUAUAUAUAAAUCGGUGUAUCUAUAUCUACACAUACACACAUUUAUACUUCAUACGUCUCUGUAUUUAUCUUCUUCUUCAAUGCAUUUGAUUUAAUUGAUCGGGUGACACGUCAAGUUCAUCAGCGGCACCACCACACCGACAACAAGAGGAAGAAUACCUGAUUUUAUUUUUGAUCGAGUUCCAGUUUAAUGGAGAAACGCGGAUAUAAAUUGCAGGAAUUCGUGGCACAUUCUGCGAAUGUGAACUGCAUCAAAAUCGGAAAGAAGACAAGGAGACAUUUUAUCACAGGAGGUGAUGAUGAAAUUGUGAAUCUAUGGUCAAUAGGGAAGUCAACAUGUAUAACGAGCCUAAGUGGCCACACAAGUCCUAUAGAAUCUGUAGCUUUUGAUUCAACUGAAGUUUUAGUGGCUGCUGGAGCUUCCUCUGGUGUGGUAAAGAUCUGGGAUCUAGAAGAGACAAAGGUGAUUCGGACGCUUAAUGGCCACCGCUCCUAUUGCACUGCUGUGGAAUUCCAUCCUUUUGGUGAGUUUUUUGCAUCAGGUUCCAUGGACACAAAUUUAAAGAUAUGGGAUAUUCGAAAGAAAGGAUGCAUUCAUACAUACAAGGGUCAUAAGCGAGCAAUUAGUACUAUUAGAUUUACCCCUGAUGGUCGAUGGGUGGUGUCCGGGGGACUUGAUAAUGUUGUAAAGAUAUGGGACUUAACUGCUGGAAAGCUCUUGCAUGAGUUCAAGUUCCACGAAGGGCACAUUAGAUCGAUGGAUUUCCAUCCUCUUGAAUUUCUUCUAGCAACAGGUUCAUCAGACAGAACUGUAAAAUUUUGGGACUUGGAAACCUUUGAAUUGAUUGGAUCGACUCGGCCUGAGGCAUCAGGAGUACGGUCAAUUACCUUUCACCCAGAUGCGAGGACGCUCUUUUGUGGGUUAGACAGCAGUUUAAAGGUGUGUUCAUGGGAGCCUGUAAUUUGUCAUGAUGCUGUUGAUAUAGGAUGGUCAACGUUGGGUGACCUCUGUAUUGAUGAUGGGAAGCUUUUAGGGUGCUCAUAUCAUCAAAACUCUAUUGGAAUCUGGGCAGCAGAUGUUUCACAUAUUGAACCAUAUGGGCCUAGCAUGUCAGCCAAGGAAAAUACUCGUGUGGAGCCAAAGUUUGAUCUCCAGGAAAGUCUUGUAGAGAGAGUUGAGACUCCCAGAAGGUCAUUUAUAUCUCCAGACGAUGACUCAAAGGACAUCAAGAAUAUAUAUGUGGACACUGCAGGCAUGACUCCUGUGGCUUCUAGGAAAGAUGGAUCUCUACUCAAGGCUGUGAACUUAACAAGUCCCAAAGAGAUUGAUAAUUUGUGGAUGCAUAAGCAUGUUCCUGCUGCUAAAAACAUUGAGCAAGAUAUUUCGAUGUUCGUGUCUGGCGUUGUGCCUUACGAAGAUUCUGACACAAAAGACUCGGUCACUUCUAGGAGAGAAUUAGUUACCAAUGGGCGGGUUAGCACUGGUGUAUCAUAUAAGCUGCCUCAUAGGCGGAGGCCAUCGAUUACCAAAUUAGAUUCAGAAGAGCUAUCAGCAAGUGUUCAAUCUGUAUUGAAGAGUGGAUCAGAUACUGCUACAAGUACAAAGUUCCAGAGAAGACUUUUUGCAGAUGAUGUGGCUAAAGAUUCUUCCGAGGAUAAAACUCCUACCUCUACUUGUGUCGCAGAAGAGUUCCAUAAAUCUUCUUCUCCAAUGACACUUCCAAAGGAAAACAGUGAUGUGUCUGUUGAUUCAAAGAAAGGGUUGAAGUGUGUUAAUGGAGUGGCAGUUGUGAAUGGAAGGACUCGCAGUCUGGUUGAGAAAUUUGAAAAAAGAGAGAUGUUAAAUACUGAUGAGUGUCAAACUUCUGAUUUAGCAGCUCAGAUAUUAGCUAACACAGAUAAUGUGUCUACCAUCACUGUAGAAAAGUCUAUCAAUGUGGUCUCUUGUGCAAUAUCUGAAGCUAGAACAUCACCAAUGCCAGUAAGGGUACCUGAUAUGGUACCUUGUGCACAAUCUGUGGCUAAAAUAUCUCAGAUACCUUCAAGAAUGCCUGAUUUGGUUCCUUGUCAAAUAUCAGAAGCCAGAGCGUCCCCCAUGACACUCAAGAAAUUUGAUGUGGUUUCCAGUGCAGUAACGGAAGCUAAAACAUCUCAGAUGCUAGUAAAAACACCUGAUUCCUGUCCUGGGAUAAAAUCAGAGGAAGCUAAUUUAUCUCCUGUAUUGGUAGUACAGUCACCCAAGACUUCCCCUAACAUGUUACCUCUGAAGGCUAAGGCCUCGUUAAUGCAGAGAUCUGUUGCUUCCCGUCGUGUAAUACCUGAGAAAGUUAGAUCAUCUCCAAUGCUGGUGGUAAGGAGAUCUAGAGCUUCCUCUCACAUGAUACCUGAAAGAACUAAAACCUCACCUAUGUCUGUUGUACCAAGGCAUGAUAUUUCCACUCACAUGACACCCGAGAAAGUUAAAUUUUCUCCCUUGCUGGAGGAUGAUCCAGAAACCACAGGGAGAGGUAUGGCGUCUAAAAAUGAUGAUGAUGUCGCCGAAGAUUUGAUGGUAGAUCAUGAUUUGUUUUUAAGUACUCUUCGAUCUCGCCUUACAAAACUCCAGGUGGUACAACAUUUUUGGAAACAAAAUAACGUGAGGGGUGCUGUUAGUGCCUUGCAGAAGUUGCCAGAUCAUGCUGUACAGGCAGAUGUAAUUAGUGUUAUGCUGGAAAACAUCGAGUCUUUGACAUUAGAUCUGUUCUCUUGCUUGCUGCCUAUGCUUUUGGGUUUAUUCGAUAGUGAGACAGAGAGGCAUAUAAAUGUGUCAUUGGAAAUGUUAUUGAAGCUUGUAGCAGUGUUUGGGCCUGUAGUCAGCUCGACAAUCUCAGCACCUCCAGCUGUGGGUGUUGAUCUUCAUGCGGAGAAAAGACUUGAAUGCUGCAAGCAGUGCCAUCUCCAACUCCAAAAGAUCCACCACAGUCUCCCAAAUGUUAUAAGGCGGGGUGGUUUGCCUGCAAGAAGAGCCCAAGAACUAAACCUUGUACUUCAACAAUCAUGAUCCGGUUGCAGAAGCGAUUGACAUUGACACCACCAAGCCAGGUACAAACGAAAACCCCUUUUAUGCACCUCACGGUUUUGUUCUUUCCCUUAUACAAUACACAAUAUAUACAUCAUCAAGCAAACCAACCAUGGCCUAUAGAUUAUGUGAGGAAGAACUAAUAAGCCGUUUAUUUUCACUAUUGCAGCUUGACCUUUUGUGAAUAGUUUCAAUAUGUAAUGUAUUUGUUCAAAUGUGUAUCUUUUAUGUGAAAAAAGGAACAUGGUAAACGGUUACCGUACAAAUUUCAGCAACACAUUUUGCUGCAACCGUUUCAUGAAAGAUUGAAGAAAAAUGUUGCUGGAGAUUUGUACAGUGAUUGUUGAGGUGCAUCUGUGAUCUCUUUGUUCAAAUAUGUAUUUGUGAAGUGCAAAGAAGAUGGCAGGCAGUUAAUGGUCAAAUUUGCAUGGUGUAAAACAUAUUUUUGAAUGAUUAUUGUUGAAAAUUUGUGCAACAAUUUACUACCCUUGGUUUGAUAAUGAUGAUUCUUCUAGGAAUGAAAUACAUGUAA